AAAGUCAUUGAGAUUCUUUGGAAAGAUGAAGGCAAUUUCUGUGGAUCUUCAAGCUAUGUAGACAUGGUAUGACAUUGUAACUUAUAACUACUGCCUGUUGAUCGAAACUGUCAGCGCUCAAGGUGAGAUUUAACAUUCACAAGACGUAAGUAUUUCAUCUACGAACGUAGUCAUAACAGGCCCGAUCCUGACAUUUGAUGGGCCCGGGACGAUACAAAUAGACUGGGCCUCAAGGAUAGCGGGGGAAUAUUUAUAAUGUUCUUUUUCCUAUAAUAAUCAAUAAUUUAAAAUUAUACAAUUUCAACGUCCAAAAGUAGUAUAACACAUCAAAAAAACUAACAAAGCACAUGGUUAGAAAAUAUAUAUAGGUUAUUUGAUAAGUGACAUUUGAGGAUACAAUGUACCUAAGAGCCGAGUGAAACAAGUAGUGCAACUAUUAGGUGCAAUAAAAAUUUUAAAUUAAGGAAAGCUGUGAAAUUAUAUCUUGUAUAAUUAGGAGUAACCUUUUCAUAUUUUAUAUCACAUUUUCACUAGACAAAAACAAAUUCUACGUUUCUAAAUUUUGGACACUAAAGUUCAAUCUUUCACUAAGGGAGUGUUUGCAAUAGCUUAAAAAAAGCACUUCUCAGCUUUUGGCUUAAAAAAGCACUUAUUUACCAAACACUUCCAAUUUUUACUUUUUCUCGGCUUGCGUGUGAAAAGUGUUUUUCCCUUUUCUAUUACACAAAAAGCACUUAUUUUACCAAACACUAUCAACUUUUACUUUUCAAAAUCACUUUUUUCUCAAACACUAUCGACUUUUACUACUAAUCACUUUUUCAUUACUUCUCCAAAAGUGCUUUUAUUUAAGCAGAAGCAGUUGCAAACACUCCCUAAAUGAGAGAAUCGGAGGAAAUUUGUGAAAUAUAUCAAUAAGUUCUGGAUAUACAUAAGACAUGUACACUAAAAGAAUAAAAUUAAUGCAAUAAUCUGUAAUAUAAUGAUUCAAAAGAAAUGGUGAAAUACGUUCUCAAUGAAUUGAUUGAAUUCUAAUGUGGAUGUUUCGAAAUUAUAGACCUGUAGCGUGUAGAUGCUGAAUAACUAAUUAGAAGUAUCUAAAAAAUAUAAGUUUGAUUUUAUAUUUUACCUUUUAUAGAUUUAGGAUGUACAUAUAAUUAAAAUAGUGAUGUAAACAAACACACACACACACAUUUGAGAAAUUUAUGGGCCCUACUGGAGCAAAGGGCUCUGGGCGCAUGCCCCUCCUGCCCAUGCCCCAGGACCGGCCCUGAGUCAUAAAGUAGAUUUGAAUCCUCACUUCCUCAGAUUAACUAUAUUCACAUCUUUUUUAAUUAUUCACUUCAAUUUCCAAAUUUUAAAUCUCACAUAUUUUAAAUACUUUAAUUUUCCUAUUCAAAUUAAAUCAUAUUCAAGUGUAUAAUAAUACCCUAAAGGCUAAAUGGCAUGUUGUAUUUGGUUUCAUUUGUUUGUUUUGUGUGGAAAUGUUUGACACAAUUGUAAUACCCCUUCAUAAAUCUGGUUCUUUGAGACAGUUAAUUCUAUGUGGGGAAAAAAUAUACUCCCAGCAAUCAAGUGAUGUAGUGAUGGGUUAAUGUACUUAUUUAUCCCUUGCUGCAAAAAGUAAAAUGGUGGUCAAAUAUCUUGCAUAUGUCAUGUUUGAUAACAUAUGUUAUGUUUGGUAAAAUGCUUACAUGAUCUUCCUUUGUUUUUUGAAAUUGUAUAAAUGAACAAAUCUAAUUUGUUUAGUGUUUCACAUUGCUCUCUUUUUGGGACUUGAUUUAGUGAUGAACAAUUAAGAGACCGGAUUAUAAACAAAUGCUGCUUAUAAUACACAAAACUGCAACUUUCUUUUCAAGAAUUGAGAAAAAUGGAGAAGGUGAACAUGGUUUAUGAAAAAACACAAGGUUUUUGUAUAUAUAGCAUAGUUUAUGAAAAAGGCAAGGUUUGUGCUAUAAAACUUGGGGGCUGUACUCGGUGUUGUACAUGGUUAUUAAGAUUUUGGCUAUGAAACCAGUCCAUGCAAUUUUGUUAUAAAACCAUUCUUUGGCCAACUGCAGUAUGAAUCCUCAUUUCCCUUAGAGUUAGGUAUGGUAAAGGAACCACAUUCAUGUAGCCAGUCCAUGCAAUUUUGUUAAUAACAAAUUUGAGCAUCAUCAAGCCAUAGAUUUCUUAACAUUAUUUAGCUAUUGAAGUUUAUAUGGGUUAUUGGCAGUUGCUGCUCAAGUUCGUCUUCAUUUGGAUAGCCAUAUGUGGAAAUUAAUCUUUAAAACUGUCUGUUCUUGCCAUCUAUUUCUUCUGCCUUCAAUCAAUUCAGCUUUCCUGAAUCAUCAUCUCUGUUAUCUUCUUUAUCCGAAUAGAACACAUUGAUGUUGGCGCAUCUACCAAGGAAGUCUAUUUUGUAAGGUGUCAUUCUGUUGAAGGUUAAUUGACUGUUUACUAUAUUAUUCUGGCUCUUAUUGUUUAGGACUUUAGUGUAGUCUAAUUUAGUGUAAGGUCUUAUUUGGGUGAGAGGCAAUCAAGAAAGAACUGAAGAAGCACAGUUGUAGCCCAGAGAGGAUUCUUGAAAAUGUAGUUGCCUCCUCAUCUGGAGAUGAUUUCUCUGUUUUCCUAAUAAGAAAAAACUACAAUACACCUUCAGUGUCAAAAUAUCACAUUUUAAUACCAAUUUAGUGUCAAAAUCAUUCUGUAGUUUCUAAAUGUCUCAAUUUUACAUUUUAAUACCAAUUUCUAUAAUGUCAAGAAGGAAUUAACUUUAUCACCAGUCAACCAUCAUUUUCAAUGGAGUCAAAGAUUCAUUAUUUUUUGGCUUGAGAAUAUGAUGGAAUAAAGCGAAACGGCUCACUAAACUGUCUACGCUUCUUUCUUAUGAAGCAGCUGUCAGUCCAUGCAAUUUUGGACGUGAUUUUCACUAUGGGUCAUCCGGAAAUAGUCUCUUUGUGCUUUAAUACAUGGGUAAGACUGCGUACAUCUGACCUCCCCUUACCCCGCCGUAGGUGGGAGCCUUUGCGGCACUGGGGUAAAUGAAAAUGAUGAUGAUGAAAUGACCAGUCAACCAUCGUAAACAAGUAAUGAGAAGGCAAUGAGUAUAUUAUUUCAGUUGGAUUAAUUAUUUUGAGUCAUUAUUUUACUAUCAUGAGAAUAACUAAAGUUGGUAUAAGCUGCUUUGUUUCUCAGUUUAUAACUUUUGUUUCCAGUCAAGCAGCAGUAGAUACUCUUCAUAGAGUUGCACAAUUGCAUUCACUUUGGCUUUUCCCACAUGGCCACACAUUACAAAUGUGGUAUCAGUUCCUAUCUAUGUGUAUGUAUACUUAGAUUCAGGGGCGGAGCUACUGGGGGGUCAGGGUGGUCAGCCGACCCCGCUGAAAAUUUAAGAGUGUAGAGCUCUGAAAUAUCUUCGAUUUGAUAUAUUAUGGCUCUCGUAACUCAUUACGAGUAAAAAGUUAUGACUUCUGCAAAAUCAGCACUAUUUAAGUUUGUAAUUAGUAAAAUUGUGAUGCGUAAUAUUAAUUAUAUUCACAAAAUAGCGUGUAAUUCACUCGUUACUUACGUGACAUGACUUAGGGACAGAGAAAAUACAACAUAUCUUACUGCUACGAGUGCCUACUCAAUAAAUGAUUCUUUUCUAGUAAGAAAUUUUAAUACUAAACCGAGUAAGAUCGAAGAGAACUAUAGAGUACUAGGGUACGACAAUGGGUCUCAUCCGAGGUACUCAACUCAACCCGUAUAAAACAUGUUUAUAAUAUACGAUAGUAUGUGACAUAUACGAAGUAUAUUAACUACAUAUACUCUAUCAGUUUCAUUUAAACUAUCAUUUAUUUAAGCUACAUUCAAUUCGGGUAUUGUCUAAAAAUAAUCUACCGUUUUGAUUCUAUGUAAAUUUGAUUUUGACCCCGCUGAAUCAUUUUUCUGGCUCCGCCCCUGCUUAGAUUCUUCAAUUUCUCCCCUACUUCUACUACAAACUUCCAUUACACUUCUGUUUAUAGGGAAAACGAUAGAUACUCUUUAUAGAGUUGCACAAUUGCAUUCUCUUUGUUGCUUUGCUUAAAUCCAUAUAUCUUUUAUAUUUCUAACUUUUCUUAUUAGUUAAAAGAAUAAAUAACGUGUUCUUUUAUUUGGUGUUGGAUUGGUUGCAUGUACUUAUACUAAUAUACAAUUAGGAUAAAGAAUAGACACAACCAAUCUAAAAUUUGUUGAGUAAAAAGUUACUUUAAUCUAUGGUUCAGAUAAGUGUAUAAACAUAAUCUAUUUAAAAUAAAAGGUCAGUUAAGACUAAAAGAACAUUAUGAGCCCGUUUGGAGACCUCUUUUUUCGGCUUAUCAGGCUUAUCAGCCAGCUUUUUCACCAAACACGUAACUUUUACUUUUGUGUGCUGAAUUGUGUAAUAAGCAGAAAAUGUAAGGUCGGAGUUACUUUUCUGGCUGUAUUGGCUGAAGUUACUGUAGAGGACUAUUUUAGCUAUUUUUACAUGUAAUUUUUUCUAUAAUUUAUUAAUAAUUUUUUUUUUAAAAUAUUUUUUUCUUAAAUCAGCAGAAUCAGCAGAAUCAGCCACUUCAGUCAGAAUUUCAUAAAUUUCAGCAGAAUCAGCCAAAACAGCCGAUUUUCUUGAUACCAAACGGGCUCUAUAUACAUGUGUGUAACUGUGGAAGGAUUGCCGCAUUCCUGCAUUCUCUAUGCACUCAUAACACUUCUUACAUCCAUAAUCACUCUUCUUGACAAAUACGUUUCAGAGAUCUUAAGAAACCGUUUAUAUUCAUUCUCCAUUCAUGUUCCAUAAAUAAAAGGUGAUAAAAUUGGAUUAACUUCACCGGGGUGUAGCACAUAUGCUGGGAAGAGGGUGCCACAAGGGAGAGGUCUCAGGUUCAACUCCAAACCAUUUAAAGACUUGGAAUGAAACUCCGCUCUCUUUUCAUCAGGACAAGAUUGCGUACAUCCGACCCCCUUACCCCACCGAAGGUGUGAGAGCCUUUGCGGCAUUAGAUGGAUGUGCAAUCUGUGCGGGUGAUACAGAUAUUGGAAGAUAUGCUUAGGGCAUGUGCUCUGGAGUUUCAAGGAAGUUGGGACAAACUUUUAGCUCUAGUGGAGUUUGCCUAUAACAACAGUUAUGAAGUGAGUAUUGGCAUGCCUCCAUAUGAGGCAUUGUAUGUGAGGAAAUGCAGGACACCUUUGUGUUGGGACGAGGUUGGCGAGGCCAAGCUCGAUGGGAUUGAACUUGUCGAGAUCACCAAGGUUAAGGUGAAGAUCAUUCGGGAUAGACUCAAGACUGCCCAAGAUCGGCAGAAGAGUUAUGCCACAAACGGCGAAGGCCGUUGGAGUCUGAAGUCGGUGAUAAGGUCUUCCUAAAGAUUUCUUCUUGGAAGAGUAUCAUCCGAUUUAUAUCGAGGGGAAAACUUAACCCCCAAUACAUUGGUCCAUUUGAAAUCCUUGAAAGGAUAGGGGUUGUGGUAUACCGUCUCAAGUUGAUCGACACCAGAACUUGAGAAGAUUCACGACGUGUUUCAUGUAUCAAUGGUCAAGAAAUACAUACGAGAUCCGUCUCAUAUUCUUGAGAAACCACCGGUAGAGAUACUUGAAGACCUACAAUAUGCAGUGGAACCGGUGAAGAUUGUGGGGCAGCAGGUGUAGAAAUUGAGGAACAAGGAGAUUCCUAUGGUGAAGGUUUUUUGGAGGAGUGAUCGAGUCGAAGAAGAAACCUGGGAGACCGAGGUCUCAAUGAGGGAGCAAUACCCGUUUCUUUUUUAUUAGACACGUGGAUUUCGAGGACGA